AUGGACAGAUUCUACGACAAAGACGAUGCGAAAAACAUAAUAGAAUCACUGACACAAGAGAGAAUCGAAAAAGACAGGAUGCACCUAUCGAGAGUAUUGAAGGACAACGACUUCAUCAAGUCGGCAUCCAUCAAGAGAGAUGAUGAGGUGGGGGUAUGGAGGAUCAUCAAACAGUCCGAGGACGAUGGAACUAUGGAAGAAAUGGUAUUCACCAUCAUGGGGGCCAUAUACGCGAUGGACCUACCGCCGGUGGCAAAGGAGACAAGGGCACAGAAGGAGAAGGUCAGGUUCUUGAGUCAGUCAGUAUGGUUGGUAGGACUGGGCAGCGAAAGCUUCGACAAUGCAAUGGACGCAAUCAGAAGUAUGCAAGUCAUGGGCGAACGAGAGUUCAGAGAUGGAGAGCUCGAACACUGGAAGCCAAUACCGCGCAAUACCACGAACGACGAGGAAGGCAUACCUUUUCCAAAUGACGUCGAUCCUGUGGGAAUACUGGCCAAGAUGGCGCAGCGAAAAUGGAUUCACACUGAAGACAACGAGGUACAAUACUACAGAGGUGUGAUGGAUGAAAGAGGGAAAAAAAGGCAAGCGUUCUUUCAAUUCAUGUUGUUUUUGUCUUUUUCUCUUGUCAUAUACGUGUCAGCCAAGCCGCAGAUAUUCCGAGUAGGAGACAUAGUGGAAGCGCAAUGCUCGGUCGUGUUCUUGAGGACAAACGAGGGUACGGCGAGGAUGAAGAUGAUACUGAGGGCAUUGGCCCUCAUCAACAGCGACAACUCGACAAAGGCAACGGCAGAACGCAGAAACACGACGAGUACGCAAUCAGAGACCAUCGUAAGGAUGAAGCGGAAGAUUGGAUUCGAAGAGGAGGAGGAAGACGUUGACGUGAGGGCCAAAAAGACAAACAGGAUGGACGAUCAUGAGAGAGAGGAAAGGAUGACGAUGGAACUGUAA